CUGAUAAAGUAAACAGAGAUAUAAAUCAGAAAGAGAGGAAGCGUAGAGAGAGAAACAGCAAGAAGAAGAACAAUACUCCAGUUGAAACUUGGAAGGAGAGAGAUAGAGAGAAGAAACACCCAUCCCCAAACAGCAAAAACCCAUGGCAGACCCCACAGAAGAACAACCUAAAUCUCCCACAACAACCACGACGAUAACCUCCUCCAACCACUUAAUCAUAAGACUGAUGAGCAAGAGGAGGACGUGGGUAUCCCUAUUCGUCGUCGUCUACACCAUCCUCCUGUCCUCCACUUGGAACAUCAUCAAAUCGAUCCUCUCCUGGUACGAGUCGAGCGCCGCGCCGUCGUCGUCCUCCUCCGGGUGGCCGGCGCUGUACGCGGCGGUGGCGCUGGGGGCGGUGUUCGGGCUGCUCUCGAUGGCCGCCGCGCUGGCCGUGGCGGUCCCGGCCACCCUGGUGACGUGGAUAACCGUGCUGGUCCUGCUGGCCUUCUGCGGGAAGCCGCGGCGGGCGCUGGUGGUGGAGGGGAAGGAGCUGACGGCGGAGAUCACCGGGUUCGUGCUCAAGAUCUUGAUCAAGGAAGGGAAUUUCGUGGCAGUUGUUUGCGCGGUGGUGGGGUACUUCGUGCUUAUUGGGAAGAGGAGAGAAGAAGUUGGGGAUGCUUCUUGAUUUUGGGAAUUUGAGUUGAUGGGUUUUGCUCUGUUUGGUGAAAAUUUUGGGGAGAUUCAAAUCAAGGAGAUGAGAGAAAUUUGGGAAAGUUGCUCUCUCUCUCUCUCUCUCCUCUCAAUUUCUCUCUCUAGAGGAUAAGCUGAUAAUGUGCUGGUCUUUUUGUUUUUGUUUUUUUGUUUUUUUUUUUUGGAGGAGGCUUUAAUUUGGGAUUUGGCUUUGAGGGGCAAUGUAACACUGAAAUCAUACCUUUACCUUUCUCUAAAUUGCCAAUGUAUUUCUUUUCUUUUUUUUUGUUUGUAAAAAAUCUUUAUUAGGUUUUCUAGUCAAGAUAUAUGUAAAGGGAUUAUUGUUUUUCUUCA